UCACAGGAAGUUGUUAUAUUGUACUUCCGGCGUCCGAAAGCCGGAACAGUAGUGUGAAGGAAUAAAUGAAUGUAGUGCAGCUGCGAAUGAAACUGUAUUUUAACGCUUGCUAUCUCAAGGGGAUGCAGAGCUAUUAAACUCAUACUGAUUCUGCAGCAGUUGAUUCGGUCAGUUGGAGCAGAGCAGUAGGUCAUCAUCAUGGGUCUGUUGUCUGACCCGAAUCGCAGGAAAGCCCUGACCGGCCUCCUGACCCGCCUCAACACACCCAUAUGUAUUGUGUGCUACCUGGCUGGCAUCGUGUGGUUCAUGGGCCUGGCGUUCGAGCCCUUCACGCUGCGCACCUACAUGUCGGAGAACGCCAUGGGCUCCACUAUGGUGGAGGAGCGCUUCUCCUCCGGGGAGCGAGCGCUGUCCCUCGCCAAGGAGUUCGACGCUCACAAAAGAAAGGCGGGCGGGAUGCCGGUGGAGUGGUUAGUUAAAGCGAUGCAAUCCAGAGGACUGGAGGUGUUCACUCAGAGCUUCUCCCGCAAGCUGCCCUUCCCUGACGAGAACAAGGAAAGAUAUAUGGUUCGAGGCACGAAUGUGUACGGGAUCCUGCGCGCUCCUCGCGCUCCUCGGACAGAGGCUCUGGUCAUCACUGCUCCCUGCAGUCCUGGAAACACCAACAACCAGGCGGUCGCUCUUCUGCUGGCUCUCGCGCAGUAUUUCAGGAACCAGAUUUACUGGGCCAAGGACAUCAUAUUCUUGGUGAACGAGCAUGAUCUGAUCGGCACGCAGGCCUGGCUGGAAGGCUACCACCACACUAACAUCACAGGAAUGGAGUACUCGCCGCUGCAGGGUCGCGCGGGGUCAAUUCAAGCCGCCCUCUCACUGGAGCUCAGCAGUGAUGUCAUUACCAGCCUGGACCUGGUUUUAGAAGGACUUAACGGUCAGCUGCCCAACCUGGACCUGGCCAACCUCUUCUAUGCCUUCUGUCAGAAGUUAGGAGUGCUGUGCACCAUUCAGGGAAAGCUCCAGAGGAAUGACUGGGACACGGCUGAGGGCUACACGCACGCGGCGCAGACCAUGAUGCUGAUGCGUGUGGACGGUCCUGGUGAGAACCGUGAGGGAGAUCACGGCCUCUUCCUCCGCUAUCACAUCGAAGCCGCUUCCGUUCGAGGCAUCAACAGUUUCAGACACUACAAGACGGACGCCACCACCAUCGGCAGGUUGCUGGAGGGAAUGGUCCGUAAACUCAACAAUCUCCUGGAGCGUCUCCAUCAGUCAUAUUUCUUCUACCUCUUGCCUUCUCUCUCUCGGUUUGUCUCCAUUGGCUACUACAUGCCGGCGUUUGGCCUCCUGGCUGUUAUCUUACUGCUUCGAGCGCUGGAUCUCUGGGUUCAUCUGGGAGCACCAGCUCUGGCAGCAGUGGAUGGAGUUACUGAAGCAGAGCAACCGUCCAGUCCGGGCGUGUUGACGGUGUUGACCCCGGUGGUGAUCAGUCACCUGACAGGUGUGGCGCUGUAUCUGCUUCCUGUUCAUCUGCAGGAAAUGGCUGUGGAGCACUUCCCUGUGUCUGAAACCGAAGCUGUGGUGCUCACUGCUAUUGCCAUCUAUACUGCAGGCCUGGCCCUGCCGCACAACACACAGCGGUUGCUGUCUGGAGAGGGCACGGAGCAGGGCUGGAAAGUGCUGAAGCUGACGGCUCUGCUUUAUCUAGCCGUGUUGUUGGGCUGCACAGCCCUCAUUAACUUCUCUCUGGGGUUCAUCUUGGCGGUUACGCUGGUGCCGAUCACUGCCAGCAUCACGCCGCACAUGCCCAAAGCUCUGUACGCUCUGGUCAUGGUGCUGCUCAGCCCUGCCUUCACCAUCCUCUACUGCGUCUUCAUCUACCAGGAGCUCAUCGAAGCGCCCGUCAGCGUCAGCGAGGGCUGGAUGCUCUUCCUCUCGGUCAUCUCGCAGGGCAUUCUCGAUCACGCUCUCUACGGAUCGCUCGUGUAUCCACUCUUAGCCCUUUUCAUUUAUCCCUGCUGGCUAAUGUUCUGGAACAUUCUGUUCUGGAAUUAACCUUUCUCAGAUGCUUCAAAUGGAGCGAACGAAUCCCACUUUGUGCCGAUCAUGAAGAGUUAUUGUCCGUCUGCCGGUAGGGAUUGGCAGAAGGAAGAUCUUUGAGGAUGUCAGGCCAGAUAAAGAGGAUUUAAUGGUGUGGCUUCAGUGAUGAGACUUUGGUCCAAGUAUUGAGUGUUUCAGUUUUGGGGAAGGGGUUUGCAUGAAGACAUAUGUAGGACAGAAAUGGGGAAUUAUUAUAAGAAAGCAGAAAUGUUCCAAUUCAUUAGAAAAUAAAUUCAAAAUUGCUACCAGA